GACCUAGCUGGCUUGAAACUAGGUAGUUAAACCAGGCUGGUCUUGAACCCACAGAUUCACUGGCUUCUGCCACCUAUGGACUUAAGACCAUGCUCGCAUUCAUGGCCUCUGACAGCGAGGAAGAGGUGUGUGAUGAGCGGACGUCCUUGAUGUCAGCCGAGAGCCCCACAUCUCGCUCCUGCCAGGAAGGCAGGCCAGGCCCGGAGGAUGGAGAGAGCACUGCCCAGUGGAGGACUCAGGAGAGCGAAGAAGACUGUGAAGAGGACCCGGACCGCUACGCAUGCAGUGGGGCUCCUGGGCGACCGUCGGGCCUGGAGGAAGAGCUGACCCUCAAGUAUGGGGCGAAGCAUGUGAUCAUGCUAUUCGUGCCUGUCACGCUGUGUAUGAUCGUGGUGGUGGCCACUAUCAAGUCUGUGCGUUUCUACACUGAGAAGAACGGGCAGCUCAUCUACACGCCCUUCACGGAGGACACGCCCUCGGUGGGCCAGCGGCUCCUCAACUCCGUGCUUAACACCCUCAUCAUGAUCAGCGUCAUCGUAGUCAUGACCAUCUUCCUCGUGGUACUCUACAAGUAUCGAUGCUACAAGUUCAUCCAUGGCUGGCUGAUCAUGUCCUCCCUGAUGCUCCUCUUCUUGUUCACCUACAUCUACCUCGGGGAAGUGCUCAAGACCUACAAUGUGGCCAUGGACUAUCCCACACUCUUCCUGGCUGUCUGGAACUUCGGGGCAGUGGGCAUGGUGUGCAUCCACUGGAAGGGGCCUCUGGUGCUGCAGCAGGCUUACCUUAUUGUGAUCAGCGCACUCAUGGCCCUGGUGUUCAUCAAGUACCUGCCGGAGUGGUCUGCCUGGGUCAUCUUGGGUGCCAUCUCUGUGUACGAUCUCGUGGCCGUGCUGUGCCCCAAAGGGCCACUGAGGAUGCUGGUGGAAACUGCCCAGGAGAGAAAUGAGCCCAUAUUUCCUGCCCUGAUAUACUCAUCUGCCAUGGUGUGGACGGUGGGCAUGGCAAAGCUGGACCCCUCCUCUCAAGGAGCGCUGCAGCUCCCCUAUGACCCAGAGAUGGAAGAAGACUCCUACGACAGUUUUGGAGAACCCUCAUACCCUGAAGCCUUCGAAGCCCCCCUGCCUGGCUACCCAGGGGAGGAGCUGGAGGAGGAGGAGGAAAGGGGCGUGAAGCUCGGCCUGGGAGACUUCAUCUUCUACAGCGUCCUGGUGGGCAAGGCUGCAGCCACUGGCAACGGAGACUGGAACACUACGCUGGCCUGUUUUAUCGCCAUCCUCAUUGGCUUGUGUCUCACCCUCCUGCUGCUUGCUGUGUUCAAGAAGGCUCUGCCCGCCCUCCCCAUCUCCAUCACCUUUGGACUCAUCUUCUACUUCUCCACAGACAACCUGGUGCGCCCUUUCAUGGACACUCUGGCCUCCCACCAGCUCUACAUCUGACAGGAGCCAGGCGGAGGCUCCGAGAGCUAUGGGGGCGUCACUGGAUGCAGGUGUAUAGUUUUACACUCUAGUGCCAUAUAUUUUUUAAAGAAAUUUUCUUUCCUUACAAAAGAAGAAGAAGAAAAAAAAAAAAAGAAUAAAAACGUGUCGUGUUUACUUCGUGAUGAGGAAGCAGAAGCCACCCUUCGGUGCUACCUGUCUUGUCACCAGACUGCAGCUUGCCUGUCGGAGCAUCUGUGGCGCCGGUGGGAUGCUUGGAUGCUCAGCAAGCAAGCGUCUCUUCAGGGAUGAGGUCGUGUGUGGAGCAGGUUGGGGAGGAUGCAGGCCCCUGUCCACGUCUGUAAGUCUCCAGGGAUGAUCAGAAGGAACAGGUGCAUUGUGGGAACCAGGAGGCGCCAUCACCCUGACCAGAGGUGGAAAGCCCGUGUGCAGUCAUGAAUGUCCCCAGUGCUGUGUUUGUGAUGUCUGUUACUUUAGAACCUUAGAAGCCAAGUCCUGUUCUUAUUUCUGCAGUGACUGCUGGGAAGUGGCUUAAUAAUGAUACCAAUAAACAGAUGCUCCUGCUGGAA